ACAAACUGUUUCUUUUAUGCUUCUCACGUAUUGUCACCGUGUAGUUUUGACGAAGUUUUUCGAAGUGACAAAAAGUUUCUAUAAACUUUUGUGGAUAAAGUACUGAAAGUCGAAAAGCAGAAUAUAAAUACGAAUAUGGAAAAUAGUGACGCUAAAAAAAGUUAUGCUGAAAAACGAAAAUUGUCACUUGAUGAUGCCUCGUUGAACAAUGAAAAUGAUUCUCUGAAGAAACCUGCUGUUUCUUCAAAUAAAGGGCGUAAAAAUAGAUACAAUCCUGAACUUGAAGCUCGUUUGGAAAGGGAAGUUUUUGGAGAUGCAACAGAUGUAAUACAAAAUCUGUUAAGAGAAGAAAAUUCCAAAUCAAUAAAAAGAGAGGAAAUACCUGUUGUUACAACUAGAAGCGAUGAUAGCGAAUCUGAUAAUAAUUUUCACUUUUCUGAUUCCGAGGAUCAAGAAGAAUGUGACUCUGAUGCAAGCGAUUCCAAACAUAUAAAAGAAAAAGCAUGGAUAGACGAGGACGAUGAUAGAUAUUCAGUCGACAAGGCUUUCAAUGCGCAAAAUCGAAAAUUACCAGACGGUCGGCCUGAGAAUAAGUAUAGUGAGCUAUUACACAAUAAAUUUUCCGACGUUUUCGGCACUCCUAAAUGGGCUGACCUUAAAAAAGAUGAAGACGCGGACUCCGAGGAAUCGGAUAGUGAAAUUUUAAAGCACAGCAGUCAUAAAGUAGCUCCUAAAUCCAAAAAAUUACGGAAAGGUACAAUUGAGCUGAAAGCUGUCACAGACAUUAAUAGAAAAACUCAUAAUGAGGGGCCGUAUAUCACAAGCGUACAAUUUCAUCCUACUUCUACUGUAGGAUUAGUCGCUGGAUCAUCGGGAGUGCUAUCUCUCUUUGAGAUAGAUGGCAGAGAAAAUAGUAAGUUACACAGUUUAAAGUUCCAAAGAUUCCCUAUUAGUGCUGCUCGUUUUUUGAAAGAAGGGACACAAAUUGUUGCGGGUUCAUUGAGUCACGCUCAUUGUUUUACAUACGAUUUAAUGAGUGGGAGCACACGAAAGACAGCAUUGCCCCACGGGAUAACGAACAUGAAGAAAUUUGAAGUUUCUCCGGAUGAAAAGUAUCUGGCAAUCUGUGGAAGACUUGGUGAAAUACACAUAUUGUCGAGUAUUACGAAGGAACUGAUUCGUACAAUUAAAAUGAACAAAAAAUGUAAUGCCCUAGCCUUUACUCCAGACAGUCAAAAGCUCAUUACACACGGUGAAUCUACCGAGAUGUAUGUAUGGGAUAUGAGAAACCAAUCGUGCAUGCAUCGAGCUAUCGACGAUGGUUGUUUAUCCGCUGCUUCCAUCGCAAUUUCAGCAAGCGGUCAGUUCCUUGCGACUGGAAGCAAACAAGGCGUGGUGAAUGUUUACGACACGAACUCUGUGCUGCAAAAAAAAAGUCCGACACCCUUGAAAAUUCUUUUAAACUUGGUUACAUCAAUCACAAGUUUAAAGUUCAAUCCUACCUCCGAAAUGUUAGCUGUUUCUUCUUCGAAAAAGGCAAAUGCUUUUAAGUUAAUGCACUUACCAUCUUUUACAGUGUUCUCUAAUUUCCCGACGUUCCAAACGAAGAUGUACAAUCCUUUAGCAUUAGAUUUCUCGCCUGGCAGUGGAUUUCUAAGUGUCGCUAAUAAUAAGAAUCAUGCUUAUUUGUACAGGCUAAAACAUUACGGAAAUUAUUAAGUAUCUCUUCCGUAAUCAGCGUGUUUUAAUUCAAUAACUGAAAUAUAAUAAAUAUAAUUUUUGUACAGUAUAGGAUGUUCAUUUUUAAAAAUAAAAAUGUACACUGGAAAUAAAA